AUGAUGAGCACAUCUGAUAAGUUCCUACAGCGUGGUCAUUGUACAGCUACUGCUGUUGACGGCAUGGCUACGGCUGAUGGUGGCUGUAUUGCGGCUACAAGUGCCGAUGGAACUCCUAUAGAUUUUCGCUUAGUGUACAUUCCCCCACGAACUUAUGGUCCUAACGGCAAGCGGGCCGUGUACAAGCAAUUCCAAGCUUAUCCACGUAUCGUGGAUGCUGAGCGUGCACCGAGCUACGCUCCGACCGGACCUGAACAAAAACUAAGUGUACCUAUCGGGUAUGUUGAUAUGCCGGAGGGCACUACUACCUAUGGAUAUUGGGAAGCUGCUUAUGGGCUUAUGAACGAGGCUGGGCUGUGCAUGGGCGAGAGUAGUUGUAGUGGUCGCUUAGCUACUGUCCCAGUUGAUGAGAAUCCUCAUGGUGCCUUGUUCUGGGUCGGCGAGCUAGCAAGUGUUGCCCUUGAGCUUUGCUCCACUGCUCGAGGUGCGAUUGAGACCAUGGGUCGGCUUGCAGAGGAGCAUGGCUUCUAUGGCACCACUGAGGUCGAAGAAGCAGGGGAGGCCUUGACGGUCGCUGAUGGUGAUGAGGCCUGGGUCUUCCAUAUCCUCUCUGAUGACACUGGCAGUGGAGCGGUUUGGGCAGCUCAGAAGGUCCCUAAGGGCCAUGCCACAAUCGUUCCUAAUGUUUUCAUUAUCCGUGAUAUUGAUCCUGAUGACAGGGAUAACUUCAUGUUUUCGAAGAACAUCUUCGAUGUAGCCAAGAGAUUAGGAUGGUGGGAUGGCGCUGGUUUAUUGGAUUUCACCAGAACAUAUAGCGUCGGCGAGUAUAAUCAUCCCUAUUAUGCUGGUCGCCGUUUAUGGAGGGCGUUCUCUCUGUGGGCACCUUCGCAGAACUUCGACCCGAAACUUGGUGUUGAACUUGAACGACCAACAUACCCUUUCUCGGUGAAGCCCGACGAGCCGAUCACGCUAGAGAAGAUGAAGAGCUUGUAUCGAGAUCAUAUGGAGGGCACUCAGUACGACCUGACCAACCACGUGACGGCUGGAGGGGCGUUCAGGACGCCCAACAGGUAUGCUGAAGCAGAGGCUGAGGACUCGAUGGAAUAUGGUGCUUGGGAGAGAGCGAUCUCCCUCUUCCGCACACAAUACGCGUACAUUGCCGUGGCUCGUAAGGGCCAGCCUGGAGUCCUUCAUUUUGCUAUUGGUGCUCCACACGGCAGUGUAUAUGUGCCCAUCGUGGUGAAGCCGAACCCUACUGUGAGGUCCAUUCCUGCAUUGGAGAAUGCUUGGCAGGGCGAGUUCAACGAGAAGUCCCUGUGGUGGGCCGUUUUGAGUGUCUCUAACACGAUGGAUGUGAAGUGGUGCUAUAUGAUCAAGGACGUUCGAGAGGCGCAGAAGGAGGUAGAGGAUGAAAUAGACGCUAUGAUGAAGACCAAGUCUUUGGAUGAGAUCGAAAAACAGACCCCGGAGUUGUGUGAUAGUUUGACUCGUCGUUGGUUCAAAUUGCACUACACCCUUCUGGGGAAGUAUCAGAACGGCUACGCCGACUGGGGUUACUCUAAGCUGGGCUAUGGACCCACUACUGAGUGGCUCAAGACUGUUGGUUUUGACAAGUUCGAUGCAACCAAGAAGCAGUUCGAUGAGCAGAAGGAGCGCUUUAUGAAAAGUCAAAGCGAAGCUGAUAGUGCUAGCAGAGAUCGAGUACGACCAGAUCACGAUCAUUGUACCGCCCUCGCGGUAGAUUGUGCUGCGACCAUAGAUGGGGGAUGCAUUUCUGGAACGAGUGCUGAUGGAAGUCCAAUUGACUUCAGGAUGGUGUACGUCCCUCCGAAGACCUACGGCCCAGGUGGCAAGAGGGCCGUUUUCAAGCAAGUCGAUGAUUAUCCAAGGAUCGUUGAUGCCUCCCGUGCGCCGAGUUAUGCACCUACAUCACCUGAGCAGAAGGAGAGUGUCCCUAUUGGUUACAUCGACAUGCCUGAGGGAACCACCUAUGGCUACUGGGAUGCCGCCUAUGGUGUUAUGAAUGAGGCUGGUUUGUCCAUGGGUGAAAAGGAUGAGUACGACACUUCAGGAGCGCUUCUUUGGGUGGGGGAACUGUCGGACAUAGCAAUGGAGCGCUGUGCAACCGCGAGGUGUGCUAUUGAGACCAUGGGUGGUCUAGCAGAGAAGUACGGGUUUUAUGGUACGACAAGUAUCGUGGAAGCGGGAGAAGCCUUGACCAUCGCUGAUAAGAGUGAAGCUUGGGUUUUCCAUAUCGUGGCUGAUGAUACUGGAAAUGGUGCGGUUUGGGUGGCCCAGAAGGUCCCCAAGGGCCAUGCGACCAUGGUCCCUAAUGUAUUUGUCAUUCGAGAGAUUGACCCUGAUGAUUCUGAAAACUUCCUUUUCUCUAAGAACAUAUUCGAUGUGGCGAGAAGGCUCGGCUGGUGGGAUGGUGUUGGCAAGCUCGACUUCGUCAAUGUUUACAGUGUGAGCGAGUAUGAUCAUCCUUAUUAUGCUGGACGUCGCUUGUGGAGAGGUCUUUCACUGUUCGCACCCUCUCUGAAUCUUGACCCUAAGCUCGGUGUCGAUUGGGACCAUGCCACCUACCCUUUCUCUGUUAAGCCUGAUGAACCUGUUACUGUCGAUUUCCUCAAACGCUUGUAUCGGGAUCAUUACGAAGGGACUCCGUAUGAUCUCACUGAUCACGUCGUUGCUGGUGGACCCUUCAACACACCCACUAGAUAUGAUGGCGCUGAAGCUGAGAAGAGCUUCAAGCAUGGUGCAUGGGAACGUGCUAUAUCGCUGUACCGAACGCAGUAUUCGUACUUCGCUGUAGCCUACAAGGACAAGGCUAAUAUCAUUUACUUCGCCCCGGGUACCCCUCAUGCUAGUGUGUAUAUCCCCAUCGUAGUAAAGCCUCAACAAUCAGUGACGUCGAUCCCCGCUCUUGAAUAUGCCUGGCAGGGUGAGUUCAAUCGCAGCUCCCUUUGGUGGGGUGUGCUCUCCGUGUCGAACGUGAUGGAUUUGAAGUAUCGUUAUAUGAUCGAGGAUGUUCGCAAGGCUCAAGUAGCAGCGGAAACCGAAAUAGACAUGAUGCUCGCAACGAAAACUGAUGAAGAGAUCGAAGCUGCUAUGCCUGAAUUCUGCAGCCAUUUGACCAGUAAAUGGUUUGAUCUUACGUUCACGCUACUCGGCAAAUACCAGAACGGGUAUGCCGAUUGGGGUUAUACGAAGAUUGGAUAUGGCCCUUCCUCGGGAUGGCUCAAGCGUGCCGGCUAUGAUAGAUUCGCAGCCUCAAAGAAGCAGUUUAAAGAUCUCAGAAGACGGUAUGCAAAGUGUCAAAAUGAAGCUGAUGAGAUACGACGGAGAAACAGAGGCCAAGCUUUCGAAGCAGAAGCUGUUCUUGAAACAGAAUAAAUGAGUUCCCUGCACUCCUGACCUAGCCUGAAGAGCAGAUA